GAUCCCUGCCCAGCAGAACACUUUGAUCAUCAUGAGCCUUUCCAACAUGAAGAAGGUCCAGCUCCAGAACCUCUUGAGCGACAUGGGAGAAGAAGCCCCACUACGCUGGACCAAGGUGGAACUCCGGCAGCGCAUCGUGGAGAUCAACCCGGAGCUCGCCGAGCACAAGCGUGGACAGGACAACGACACCGAGCUACGUGGACUGAUCCGGAAGAUCAAUCAGGCCAGCAAGAAGAAGCAGCUGCUGGUUUCCCUGUGCGAGGGGGAGCUACAGCUGGCCCUGACAGGGAACGAGACAAUGGCCCAGCUAGAGCGCCGUGCGGUGGAACAGGCUCAUCGCCUGGCCCGUGCUCAUGCUCACGACUAUGUGGGUUUCGGAAAGCACAGCGGGCUCCAGUACGAAGACAUCAACCGGUACCAGCCAUCGUACAGAGCUUGGGUGAUCCAGACAGACCAGGAGAGCCCGGGAGCAGACUACCGUCUACGCCGGCUCGCCGCAUGGCUGAGGGCCAAUCCUCCAGCGAUCGAGGACGAGAUGCCGACUCGCGAGGUGCGGCCCAAAGCCAAGAGUGCCACGCGAGCCAAGCCACCGGUGAAGGACUUCCCGAUGGAGAUGAACGACGGUGCCUCAGCGACUUCGUCAGAGACGCCCCCAAUCCAGGCCGCUCAGAUGGCCCAGGUGUUAUCGCAGCUCGCCGGGGCCAUCGAGACUCUUCAGACGGAGAUGAAGGACCUCAAGGACGAGAAAGUGGAACGUCCGAGGAAGAAGGACACCAAGGAGAUGCAACGCCGGGCCGAAUCGGACGCAACCUCCGACGGGUACACGAAGGUGAGCCCAGAGUGA